AUGUCCAUCGACAACAAGCCGCCGAACCCUCACCGGGAUGAGAGCGAGGAGUCGACUGGUUCCACUCCGGAGAGGGAGCAGAUCCCUUCCAUGACUGCCGGCAGCGGUAGCACAAUCAUCAACGUCUCUCAAGAUGGCCAGCAACCCAAGCGAAAGGGUGGCCGCAAGCCAAUCUAUGCGACAUCUGAAGAGCGCAAACAGCGCAACAGACAAGCUCAGGCUGCCUUUCGCGAGCGUCGCACCGAGUACAUUAAGCAACUAGAGGAAACUAUUCGUGUCCAUGAGUCCAACCUGCAUAAUCUACAGGCUGCGCAUCGCACUGCCGCCGAAGAAUGUCUGAUGCUCCGCUACAAGAACUCGCUACUCGAGCGCAUCCUUCUUGAGAAGGGCAUCGAUGUCCAAGCCGAGCUUCAAGCCAAAACCGGCAGUCCCAACUUGGCACCUACUCAUAUGCCACAGAACCUGGUACAGCCGCCUCCCCUUCAACGCACCAUGAUGCACCGGCACCAUGCGCGCAAGUCUAGCAUUGCUCCCAAGACUGAGCCCGGCACCGCUCUUCCGCCGCCCCUACAGCCUCACAAGACUGCGCCAUCUCCAAAGAAUCGACCUGCGCCCUCAUCUCACGCCAACUCCCCCAAUACCGCGAGCUCGGCCUUUUCUCCUGCGGCCUCUGAUACCAUGUCUAUGAGAGGGUCCAUCUCUGGGCUAUCCCGGCAGCAGAUGACUCCCAUUUCCAUCACGACGCCCUCAGCGAGGCAGCCAAUGAUGCAAACUGGGAAUCGCGGGGCGAUGGGCUCUGGUGCAUCGUUCUAUCCGACACCCUCAUUCCAGAAUCAUAUUGAGCAACUGGAGCAAGAAUAUGAAGCCGAUAUGGUCGAUGAUUCAGAGAUUGAGACGCCUAGUGGCCCCGGCCCAUACCCUGGCGGCUUCAACGGCGAACAACAACCGAUGCUUCUUUCACCAGCUUCCACCGGGCCAGGACACCAAGUCACGACCGGCUCCCAGUAUCCCUCAAUGACGCAGCUGUUGGACCAGCAACCCGACUGGGAUCCCUUCGGCCUCAGUGCUAGCAUGGCUUUCCCGAAUCAGCCGUUUCAAUUCGAUCAGACACACUUGAGGUGA